AUGCUCAAACGAAAGCCCCAGGACCUCCAGGUCCCAGUACCAAACUUCCCAUUAUCAUCGCCGAUUAGCGAGGAAAUCUCCAGUCCGUCGUGCUCUUCGGAAGAUCAGGAAGAACGAGACCGACCCUUUGCAUUUCUAUCGAAGGCAGCACGACAAAAGCUCGAGGCGAGGACCGCCAAAGAAGGGAAUCGCUCGCCCAUUUCCGCCCGCGAAGCCUCGAGAUUUAACGUCCGCAUCAGCAAGAAACGUAAAAGCGUCGGGAAACCUGUCGGCCUGAACCUCGUUACAGACUUCACCUUAGCGCCGGCGCCGAGGAAACAGUCGAUCCCCGCAGAGACAAAUACGGCUGCGCCGUUCGUCGAUCUGAAUGACCUCAAACUCCUCUCGAAAGUGCGAGAGAAGGAACGCUCGACCCAGAAAUCGAAGGAUAUCUUCAAGAAGAGGGUCUCGCGCGGUUUCCAACGGUUACCCGAGACGGCGCCGAGUCAAAACCACAGCCAGAACGGAACUGGAACCUCGUUCCUUACCGCCAGAGACGAAGAUCCGUUCCACGAUAGGCACGAGCAUGCGAUCUCGCCCUCGGACCGCCAUGUUAUGAUCGGACUCACUGUUCCUCGCAGCGAGUCAGUAGAAAGAUCUCAAGGGGCCGACGGCGCAGGUACGCCGCUCACGCCAUCCAUCAUCGUCACGCCAGCUAGAGGAGAGGCACCAUGGAACGCUCACUCAAACUCGAGCACCGAGAUGCUCCGACCAAGGGCAACAUCGAGUAUCUACUCCCAGCCAACACCCAGGCUCUGGCAAUAUCAAACAGAUGUGCCACCCGUGCCAGCCAUUCCCGCGCAGCACUCAGCUGCUACCAAAACCCCAGCAUCAGAGACUGCGCACCAGAGCACACUAGGCGUAGAAAGGAACGCCCGCGCCCUGUCAACAGCCUCAACCUGGGAAGAUGACAGUCCACCCCGGACACCAAACGCAGUACGUCCAAGCCCAAAGGACCAGCAACCGAGCCGUCUCAGCGUCAACACCCAAGCAGACGAAGACAGACCGCAUUCACAAGGCUGGUGGACAUACCUCCUCUCCCCACUCCUGAACCGAUCCAUAAAAUCCCCACUGAGCCCAUCCUUCCCGCAAGAAUCACCAUCAACCCCAUCGACAACAACCACAACACGCGUCCAGCCAAAAGAAUGGAUACAGCGCGAGAAAGAGAUAUCCUGCUUCUCACCCGAUACACCAGAAACAGCAGCACCAAUUGACGAGAAGGCGUUCGAGACAUCCCGGUUCGAGCAAGACCAAGACCAAUACCAAGGCCCCGAACGUCAUCAGUCCCCGCCACCCGCAUACGUUUCAAACGUCUCGAGUAGACAGAAUACCAUGUCCUUCAGUUUCGGCAACCAGACAAUCCAGGGCGAAGCAGCUGAGUACUACCAAGCCUGUGCGCACGAGUUGUUCAGUAAGACGCCGUACUUCGAGUGCGUCAACCACGUUUGCUCGAUUACUCCUGCCAACCCUGUCACUAUGCCCGCAGGAGCUAUAGGUACAACUGAAAACAGUACCCGUGGACUCGCGAUUAUUGCGGUUGAUGAGCCUGGACCAUCUGGCCUUGAAGGGACGCGCGAGAAUGGAAACCAGACACCAGUUGCAUCGACGUCGACGAAGAAUGCUGGUCUGCUUAUUGAUAUUGACUCGCCUGAUCCCCAGGUCAAGGAGACUGUUCCGGCUGGGUAUGCGGUUCGUGCGAAGGAGGACCAGGUACUAUCGCCGGCGUCGGAGUCUAGUUCUCAUACGUGGGAUUCGUCGAUUGUUGACGAGAAUGAGAAGCGUUCGGUCUCGGCCCAUGGGACUAGGGGUGGUGUUUCUGAAUCUCGGUCUCAGCGUGCUGCUUCGCCUCCUGUUCCUGUUGUCACGCCGCCUGCGGAGCCGGUUGAUAGGUCUGCGCCAGCGCCAGCGCCUGCUCACAUUCCCAUGCCUGAGCCAGCUCCUGCUCCCGCUCCCGCUCCCAUUCCUAUGCCCGGGCCAACUCCCGCUCCUGCUCCGCAGAUAAUCACUAAUAUCUCGCCCCCGGUUACCAACUUCCAUUACACUUCGCCUGCACCACAGCCUCAGGCACAGCCUCUACAGCCGGCAGUGCAAUAUGUGCCCGUAUUCACUUCCCAGACCGUACAGCCAACGGAGCCUACAUUUCCACAGCCACAGCCGCAGGAACUCUCGCGAGGAAUUCCGGACCAGCCGAUGAUCCAGACAGCCCCUCAAGUAGCAACGCCAAGGUCAGAAUGGCCAUGGGGAAAGCGAGAACAGCCACAAGAGCAACCCCAGGUUCAACAGCCAGCUACCCAAAGACAAGUAUCCGGGUUUGAAUGGGCGUAUGCCCCACAAGAACAACCACAAGAACUUCCUGUUACACAAGCAUCUCAAGAAUCGCAGGUGGCAUCUGAGCAGACUCCUCCCCAGACACGGCGGCCAACUUAUGGUCAUGCUAAACAGCCUCAAGGACCGCUUGUUAUUCAAGGACGGCAAUCUGGGUCUGGGUGGCCAUUUGGCCUCAACGCACAUCCUCACUCAAACGCACCCCCUGUGCCGCCGUUGCCACAAACUCAGCCCACUGGAUCGGAGGUUCCGCCUCAGCAAGAGCAAUCCCAAGCAUCCGUGGCUCAGGAUCGGCAGCUUGGAUCUGAAGAGCCGCAAGCAGAACGAGGAUUGUCUCAAGAGUCUGAACUUGCCCCUCGAGGGCAUUUACAACCUUCUGAGCCGAUUUCUCCGGGCUUCCAGCGUGCAGCUGGUGGACCUGGUUCGAUUCCAAUGUCUGAAAUGCAGGCACCGGCUCCAGCAUAUACGCAAUUUCCCCGAGAGCCUCCUCUACCGCCUCGUUAUGAUACACAGCCACGUUAUGAUCAUGAUCCUACAGCUGGAGUUUCCAGUGUCAACCCAAGCGGCGCGAUAGGACCUCAGGAGACUCGACGUCGCAGACUCGAAAAAGAAGAGGCAACUGGCCGAAGGGUUUGCAAUCUCUGGCGUGGCCGGGGACCAUUCAGCAAGAAGAGCGGACGUCCAGGACGCGAGGGCCGUACUCGACGGAGAUGGUACUUCAUUAUCUGCGUUUUCUUCCUCAUCAUCGUGAUCCUAGCCACUAUUCUGGCGAUCACACUGACAAGGAAAAGAGACGAGACUCCCGUUCAAUCGCGGUGGCUGAACCUCACAGGCUACCCGCCAAUGCCAACUGGAAUUGCAACACUGGCCGGAACCCAGCCGCAGCUGGAAAAGUCCACUUGUAUCACUCCUUCUUCGAUGUGGAGUUGUGCUUUGCCCAAGGACGAACAGGAUGCCAAUAAGCCGUACGAUGCGAACCAGCCCAAUUUCCGUGUUUCCAUCCGAUUCCGCAAUGGCACAUACGAUAACAGCACUGCUGUUGGCUCGAACCUACGUGUCAGGAGCGACGGCCUUUUCAAUCCAUUGCCAGAAGCCCCAAGAGAUACAGAGCAGAGCUUCCUCGGCCAAUACACAGACAACAACACCGCACCGUACGCCGGCGAAGAAACACCCUUCUACAUGUCCAUCCUCUCACCAGUCUCCCUAUCCUCGACAAACAUCUACCGCCGCGCAGAUACAUCCAACGGCACCGCAUACCCCAACAUCUCCUCAAUAAUCCCAGCGCCCGAAGAAAACGUCGACGGAACCCCAUCGGCAGCAAUGCUGUAUCCCCUCCCCUCAUCACAACCAAUCCGGCUGUACAACCGCGGCCUGGCAACCGAGCACUACGGCUUCUACAGCUACUUCGACAAAUCCAUCUUCCUAACCUCCCAAACCAAAUCCUCGCCCGCGGACACAAACGGCGGGACUUCAAAAGCCAACGCACACUACCGAUGCACAUGGUCCCAAACGCGUUUCCUCGUCCAGAUCUGGACACAACCAGACAAAAUCGGCCGUCAUCUCCUUCCUCGAUCAAACAACACAGCAACAAGCACCGCCUCCUCCGCAACUCCAACAUCAACAAAUAACCCUACAUCUUCUUCCUCCGCAACGGACUUCACCCGUCCAGGCUCGUUCCCAUACCCGGUGACGAUAACAGUGGACCGCCACGGCGGCGCAGAGAAAAAGAAAAUGGUCUACUGCUACCCGAUUGAAGAUGACGGUCAUUAUAAUAUCACUGCUGCGCAGCUGCAGCUGGAGGACCGCGCUGUUGGGGGUGAGCUUGUUAAUCCUGCUACGGGACUUUUCAAGCUUAGCGAUACGAAGAAUGCUACGAUUGAGGAGGCGGGUGGUGUUGAUGGUGGUUCUGGGGGGUGUGGGUGCCAGUGGACGAAUUGGAUUUCGAGUGUGUAG